AUGCGGACGGAGCCCCAGGGGCCCUUGGGCUCCGAUGGACGGAGAUCCGGAGGCCCCAGCGGCUGCAGGUGGACCUUGGAGGAUGGGCAGCCUGGCCUGGGGCUCACCAGCCUGGUAGAGGGCGGUGGCCAGUGGGCGGUGUCUGUGCGUGGCGGGCAGGCGGGGCGAGCACCUGACUGUGCCCUGUGUCCGCAGCGUUCCUUCACCCUCAUCGUGGAGGCCUGGGACUGGGACAACGGCACAGCCCCGGACGAGGAGCUGCUGGUCGAGCGGGUGUCGCACGCGGGCAUGAUCAACCCUGAGGACCGCUGGAAGAGCCUGCACUUCAGCGGCCACGUGGCGCAGCUGGAGCUGCAGAUCCGCGUGCGCUGCGCCGAGAACUACUACGGCCCCGCCUGCAACAAGUUCUGCCGGCCCCGCAACGACUUCUUCGGCCACUACAGCUGCGACCAGUACGGCAACAAGGCCUGCAUGGACGGCUGGAUGGGCAGGGAGUGCAAGGAAGCUGUGUGCAAACAAGGCUGCAGCCUGCUGCACGGGGGCUGCGCCGUGCCCGGCGAGUGCAGGUGCAGCUACGGCUGGCAGGGCAGGUUCUGUGACGAGUGCGUCCCGUACCCGGGCUGCGUGCACGGCAGCUGCGUGGAGCCUUGGCAGUGCACCUGCGAGGUCAACUGGGGCGGCCUUCUGUGCAACAAAGUGGUCGAGUCCCCACCUGUGGCUGUGGACCCAGUGUCCAGGAGAGGAUUGACAGGAGGCCCCAGGCAGACUCCCCGGCCCUGGGGGCCACCUCCUCACCUCCCCGCCUCUCCGCCCGCCCACUCCGCGUGCUUCUCCUUCUGCUCCUCUGCAGACAUCGACGAGUGUGCCUCCAACCCCUGUGCGGCGGGGGGCACCUGUGUGGACCGGGUGGACGGCUUCGAGUGCAUUUGCCCUGAGCAGUGGGUGGGGGCCACCUGCCAGCUGGACGCCAAUGAGUGUGAAGGGGAGCCGUGCCUUAAUGCUUUUUCUUGCAAAAACCUGAUUGGUGGCUAUUACUGUGAUUGCGUCCCGGGCUGGAAGGGCGUCAACUGCCAUAUCCAUGUCAACGACUGUCCUGGGCAGUGUCAGCACGGUGGCACGUGCAAGGACCUGGUUCACGGCUACCAGUGCGUCUGCCCGAGGGGCUUCGGGGGCCGGCACUGCGAGCUGCAGCUGGACGAGUGCGCCAGCAGCCCCUGCCACGGCGGCUUCUGCGAGGACCUGGUGGACGGCUUCCGCUGCCACUGCCCACGGGGCUUCUCCGGGCUGCUCUGCGAGGUGGACACUGACUUCUGCGACCCGAACCCCUGCCAGCACGGGGCCAGCUGCUACAACCUGGACGGCGACUACUACUGUGCCUGCCCUGACGGCAUGGACGGCAAGAACUGCUCGGUGCCCCGGGAGCCGUGCCCUGGCGGGGCCUGCGGAGAUGACGGGCGAGCUUGCCCCACUGUCAUGCUGCCCUGCAUCGAUGGCGUCAACUGGUUCCGCUGCGAGUGUCCGCCCGGCUUUGCAGGCCCCGACUGCCGCAUCAACAUCGACGAAUGCCAGUCCUCACCCUGCGCUUACGGGGCCACGUGCGUGGACGAGAUCGACGGCUAUCGCUGCAGCUGCCCGCCAGGCCGGGCCGGCCCCCGGUGCCAGGACGUGAUCGCGUUCGGGAGGCCCUGCUGGUCACAGGGCCUGCCCUUCCCGCACGGGAGCUCCUGGCUGGAGGACUGUAACAGCUGCCGCUGCCUGGAUGGCCACCGGGACUGCAGCAAGGUGUGGUGUGGGCGGAAGCCUUGCCUGCUGGCCGGCCGGCCGGACAGCCCGAACGCCCAGUGCCCAGCGGGGCAGUGGUGCCGGGAGAAAGCCCCAGGCCAGUGCCUGCAGCCGCCCUGUGCAGCCUGGGGCGAGUGCGACCCCGCGGGCCCCCCGCUGCCCAGCACGUCCUGCCUGCCGAGCUCUGGUCACCUGGACCGCAACUGCGCACGCCUCACCCUGCACUUUGACCGCGCCCAGGUGCCCCAGGGUACCACGGUGGGCGCCAUCUGCUCGGGGAUUCGUGCCCUGCCGGCCACGAGGAUGGUGGCCCGAGACCGCCUGCUCGUGGUGCUCUGCGACCGGCCGUCCUCGGGGGCCAGCGCUGUGGAGGUGGCCAUGUCUUUCAGCCCCGCGUGGGACCCGCCGGACAGCAGCCUGAUCCAGAGUGCUGCCCAUGCCAUCGUGGCCGCCAUCACCCAGCGGGGGAACAGCUCGCUGCUGCUGGCCGUCACCGAGGUCAAGGUGGAGACUGCGGUCGUGGGCGGUUCCCCUGCAGGUAAUGAUUGCUGGAUGAAGAUAAUGGAGCCCGACAGUUAUGUGAAGAACAGUGAGCCUUGA